AUGGCCACUCGUCUGUUUGAGGAGAGGGCUCACACUGCUAUUUAUCGAAAAUACAGGCUUUCCCCGCAGGAGAAUCUACAGGGCGUGAUCUUCCCGUACCUGGAAGAAAAGGUAAGAACAUAAUAGUGUGUGUGUCUGAACUUGGACGCGUAGAUCAUUGCAUUCGUACAGUUGGCAUAAUUUUAUAUAAAAGGAGAGCUCCAUUAUGAACUUUCUUGAGUCUGAUACUAAUCUUUAUCCUGAAGAUGUCCUGGAAGGCUUCCUGGCCUUCUUAAUACUUGAGGAAAAAAUUAGCAUGGUAAAUGAUUCCUCUAGAAGACCCUUUCCAUAACCUAACAUUGGUAUAUAACAGUACAGGCACUGCAAAACUCCCCCCCCCUUAUGUGGGGGUUGUGUUCUGGGGGCCCCACACACAUAAGUGAAAAUGUGCAACAUGGGGAGCACCCUUGAAAAAAACCUCUGAAUGCCUGCUUUCCCCUCCAGCUCUCCUCCUCUCUCUCCAAUCCAGUCCAAAAUAUCUGGAGUUGAAGCUCUGGGGGCUGGAUGGAGGUUGUGAGGAAAAGCGGCGGCAGAGGCGGCGCUACCUCCUGCGUCAGCUGCUAGACGAGGAGGCUGAGCAGCCUAAAACAAGGCCCUGUUGCGCCUCUGGUCCUUUCUAACUCCACGAUUCUACAGUGUCACUUUGCUGCCCGAAGUAAAUAUUCUGUCUCUUUCAUUUCUUGUAAAAAACCAAUCUUUCGUUAUUCCUUUUCUGUGAAAACUUCUAGCAGGCAUAAGGCUAAGGGUAAACACAUAUUCAAAAUAAGCAAACAUUAGAAAUCUAGCAAAAGGUCUUAGACCCCUUGGUAGUGUGCCUAGGUAGUAACAAGGGGGUGGCAGUGAUAUAAGAAGAAAAUGGAGUUGGCUUUUACCCAGCUAGUUCCUCCUGCCAUUUUUCUGCGUCCAAGCAGCCCAUGACAUUUUGUGUUAAUUCACGGCUGGUUUCACUGUGUUCGAGUGAAAACUGCUCAUGUAUCGGACCUAGAUGGGUACAGUGGUACCUCGGGUUAAGAACUUAAUUCGUUCCGGAGGUCCGUUCUUAACCUGAAACUGUUCUUAACCUGAAGCAUCACUUUAGCUAAUGGGGCCUCCUGCUGCCGCUGCGCUGCCGGAGCCCGAUUUCUGUUCUUAUCCUGAAGCAAAGUUCUUAACCUGAAGCACUAUUUCUGGGUUAGCGGAGUCUGUAACCUGAAGCGUAUGUAACCUGAAGCGUAUGUAACCCAAGGUACCACUGUACGGCCUUGGGUAAGUCAGGAGUGGGAAAGCCGUGUCCCUCACGAUGUUGUUCCUUUGACUACAACUCCCAUCCAUGCUAACUACUGGCCAUGCUGUCUGCAGAGGAGAGGGGGCUGUACUGUCUCAACAACAUUGGGGUGUGUGGGUGCAGGAUCACAGGUUCCCUAAAAGGUAAAGGUAAAGGGACCCCUGACCAUUAGGUCCAGUCGUGGCCGACUCUGGGGUUGCGGCGCUCAUCUUGAUUUACUGGCCGACAGAGCCGGCAUACAGCUUCUGGGUCAUGUGGCCAGCAUGACUAAGCCGCUUCUGACGAACCAGAGCAGCGCACGGAAACGCCGUUUACCAACCUGGAUGGAUUUAUUUUAGAUUUCUAAACCGGCCUCCAUCAAAAGAGAUGGUUUAUAGAUCAGAACGAUUAAAGCCACAAAUUACAUAACAAGCAUUAGAAAUAGAAAACCAAACCACAGAAAACCACCAUCAGGUGAUGCCAUUUAACACAGGCCUCAUUUGCGCAAUACAUUUGCAAUGGUACCGCAUUAAACAGUCAUGGCUUCCCCCGAAGAAUUCUGGGAGCUGAAGUUUAUUGAGGGUGCUGAGUUGUUAGGGGAGACCCCUAUUCCCCUCACAGACCUACAAUUCCCAGAGUACCCUGUGAAAAAGGAUUGAUCUGGGAACGCCAUUCCCUUCUGUAAAUCCGUGAAUGUCCCAGUGAAAUAGGGACACUUGAUCAGUAUGGAGUGGUAUAUCUGGGAGUGAAAUAGGGAUCUGUCUUCACAACUCUCAGCCACCCUUAACAAAUGAUGGCUCCCAGAAUCCUCUGGGGGAACCCUUGACUAUUUAAAGUGGUAUGAUAGCGCUUUAAAUGUAUGGUGUGAACAAGUUAAAUAGAAUAAUGUAAUGGUUUUUUAAGUAUACUUUCAUAUUUUAAUACUUAUUAUCUAAUUUGUGGAGUAAUUGGAAGUGGCUGUGUGCACAAACAUCAGAACAUAAGGAAAGCCUUUGGAUCAGGCCUGGGCCCGUCUAGUCCAGCAUCCUGUUCUCACAAUGGCCUACCAGAUACCUGGGGGAAGCCCACAAGCAGGAUUUGAGCAAAAUGGCUUCCCUCCUGCGGCUUCCGGUAGUCAGAAAAACUGGCCUUCACUCUGCCCACCUUGUAGGUCCAGCAGAGGCAUCGUGGCUAGUAGCCACUGAUAGGCCUCUUCCUUAAUUUCUCUAGUCUUCGUUUAAAGCCUUCCAAGUUGGUGGCCAUCCCUGCCUCAUGUGGAAGGGAGUUCCAUAGUUUAAACAUGCGCUGCAUGAAGCUGUGUUUUCUUUCGUUGGUCCUGAAUAUUCCAACAUUCAGCUUCAAGAGUUCUAGUGUGAUGAGAGAGGGAGAAAAGCCUCUUCUUGCCUGCUUUUUCUCGGCUAUCCACGUGCGAGAUCAGCUCCUACUUACAGAUAAGAGACAUUGGGCGGUUGUGGAGCUCUCCUGGCCUCCUCGAUCUGAGCUUCACUGAUGUCUGUCCCGACCACCUUCUCAAAAUGUUUUGCCAGCAUCCGAGUGCUUUGGCCCGAGCCACAACCCACGUCGACUGCCAGCUGCCCGGGGCUCACUCUCUGAGAAAAGAUAGCGACACAUCUCACAAAUGCAUCGCCAGGUCAUUGUCAGCAAGGCUAGCACCUCAAAGUGCAAGUAGAUAAAUAAGUACUGCAAUGGCUCCCUCGGCCAAUAAAGCGAGAUGAGCGCCGCAACCCCAGAGUCGCUUCAGGUUACAGACUCCACUAACCCAGAAAUAGUGCUUCAGGUUAAGAACUUUGCUUCAGGAUAAGAACAGAAAUCGGGCUCCGGCAGCGCAGCGGCAGCAGGAGGCCCCAUUAGCUAAAGUGAUGCUUCAGGUUAAGAACAGUUUCAGGUUAAGAACGGACCUCCGGAACGAAUUAAGUUCUUAACCCGAGGUACCACUGUACCCAUCUAGGUCCGAUACAUGAGCAGUUUUCACUCGAACACAGUGAAACCAGCCGUGAAUUAACACAAAAUGUCAUGGGCUGCUUGGACACAGAAGAAUGGUGGCGGAACCAGCUGGGUAGCCCCCAAGGGAAGAAGAUUCGGAGCCCGGGGAGUGGUGGUUGCAGAAACCUGAGCUCUGAACACGAUCUGAUUUACUUUUACAACCCAACUUGUCACUUAUCUGUGAUGCUUUUGGGGUGGUCUUUGGCUAAGGAGUUGGGCAACUUGUAAAGUUGUGACACACCUUUGUUCUGGGUUCCCUCUCGCCUCCUUGCACGGUGGGGUGAUGGUAACUGUGUGGCAACAGAAAACUGCUUCAUUCAGUUGGUUCCUGCCUUCACUUGUUCUUCUCUGACCCGUAAUGGACUUCAGGGAUACUUUGAUGGGGAGUUGGCCUGUAAAAGCCAACUCCAUUUUCGUUUUAUAUCACUGCCACCCCCUUGUUACUACCUAGGCACACUACCAAGAGGUGUAAGACCUUUUGCUAGAAUUCUAAUGUUUGUUUGUUAUGAAUAUGUGUUUACCCUUAGCCUUAUGCCUGCUAGAAGUUUUCACAGAAAACGUUCCUAGGGACACUGGUCUGCCUCUGUGUGUUUUUAAAUGUUUUAAAAGUGAGGUAAUUUAUUGUAGCACUUUUAAAUGUAAUCAGGCAAUCAGAUAAGGCAUUAUCAGAUAACCUGGGUGUUAUGUGUUGAUGUUCUCACCCUGGCCACCAGGGGUAUUGUGUAUAUAGUUUUCACUCAGGUCCACAUAAGUUAAUUUAGGUGGAAAAUCCUGGGGUUUUGUUGUUACAAUGUUGACAGCCGGCUGCCUAUAAAAGUAGGCCGGCUGAGCUGUUCAGUUCAGUUCAGUUCCAGCUUACUAUAAAGAACCACUUGGAGAAAUCUCUGUGUCAACUGCUAUGUCCAUCCACAACUUAAUACUGGCAGACAGAAAAAACAACAACAUUCAAAUUUCUGUUGUAGACCACGUUUUCUGUGAUGUAGGUAUGAUGUUUCUGGGGGGGUGUUCUUGGGUUACACCCCUUCUGUGAUGUAUGUAUGAUGUAUGGAGGGAUGGUCUUGAGCUCCAGGGCAGGGAAUUCAAAAUGUCUAUAUAAGGGCAAGCACACCUUUGUUCAGGGUCCUCCUCCUUUCCUGUGUGUGAGGGGAGCACCCUGUUGCCACAGCUUUAAUAAAGAUCAUGCUUACUAGCUGCUUUGCUUCUCAAUAUUUUCUGGUUGGCCUCUGUUAUUUUCACCUACCAAUAGGAACCCACGUAAGGACUCUAUAUGGGCUCUUGGAUACCCCAUCAGGGAAAAAGGGCAGAUUUUGUUUACAACAGCCUCUACUCACCCACCCCAAACUAACUCUUACAUUCGCCUGACUUUAACUUCCAUUUGUCACAGCUGCUAGCCUGCAACUAAACAUGCUUGCCUGUUUGGGGUUUUUAUGUCGGCUUAAAAAGGCUUUCUGCUAAAGGAUUCUGGGAAUUGCAGUUCAGCAAGGCUGCUGAAAAUUCUGAAGGUUUUUUUGCCUCCUUCCUUCCCUCCCAGAACUACAGGUCCCAGAAUUGCGUGGGGAGUAAAUUAAGUCAUUAAUAUGGGUUACAGGACAAGUUUAAGGUCUUGCUAUUGGUAACAUUGAGAAUGUCCUAACUUGUACACACUGGUCUGGAUGCUUUGAUCCUUGGGAGGAGAUGGACUCUCAUUUGUACUGUAUGCUCCUAAGGUUCACUGGAUGUCUGCUAAGCCUUUAGUGUGAAGGCAUUCAUUGUGGAUUUUUAUUUUUUUAAAUUGUCUUAUGGUCAUGGUUUUAAGCUGAUUUCAUUUUAUAUGAGUUAUAUCAGCCAUAAACAAACAACUAUUCCAGCAGGCUUCGAACAAUCACCUUGCCAUCUCCUCCCACAGGGUGUGCCCUGCCGAAGACCUCCCUUUCGAAGACGGCUCUGUGGACCUGGUCACGGCGUUUGCGGCCGUCCACUGGUUUGACGGGCCUCGCUUUCUGAGGGAAGUGGACCGAGUUCUCAAGCCGUCAGGCUGUGUGGUCUUCAGCUCCUACAACUGGGACAUGCAGUUGUGUUACAAAGAUUGUACAGACGAGUUAACGGAGAUCUUCAGAGAGGUCAGUCCAUCGCACAGGCCUCGGACCUGAGGUCUGCCCUCAGACCGCAAAUUUCAGGGCCAUCCCUGCCAGUUUUCUAGCCCCAAAUGUCUGUGGGGUUGUUGUUGUUUUUAAGUGUCUUUCCUGUAGAAGGACAGAAGAGUCCUUCAGUCUAGGUUAAUUGAGCAAACCUACAAGUCCUGGAUGCAUUUUAGUCCCUCCUGCAAAACACUGGCACUAUGGAAAAGAAUAUCAUUUCAGGGUCCAGGCGAGGACAUGAAGGGGAUAAGAAAAAUUCAUCCCACCCUCUGAAAUCUUUGCCAUGAGAAGCUCUUAUGGUCAGCUUGCUUUACGUUUUUUGGAGAAGUUUUAAGACCUUCCUAUGCAGAAACAUUUGUGACUGUGUGGCUAUUUUCUGUUAGUUUAUUACAGCAAUAUUUAUAAAGCCAGUUUCUACAAAGCACCAUGACUUUCAACACUUUUACCAACCCCCACUCAGUAAUUAAAAUAUUCCAUAUAUAUACACACACACCACAUAAAACAAAAGAGCUCCAAGUGGUUUACAAGGCAGUCUAAAAUAUUACAGUCAAACCUCGGCUGUUGACCAUAAUCCGUUCCAGAAGACCAUUCGACUUCUGAACAUUCAACAACCGAAAACAAAGCCGAAGCCUCAAUACAAUAGGGAAACUCAAAACAGAAGCCGCGUAGCAUGUUCGGCUUCUGAAAAUCGUUCGAAAACCAAACCAGUUACUUCCGGGUUUUCGGUGUUUGGGUGCCAAAACGUUCCAAAACGGAGGCAUUCGGGAACUGAGGUCUGACUAUAAUUUGAAAUAUCAAUUUAAAAAACAUAAAAAACCUGUUACAUAAAAUAAAUAAAACUGACCAUUUCAAACACUUAUAGCUACUAAAACCUAGGUAGGCAUGCGGGAAUGAAAAAGUUUUUAGCCAAAUAUGUCAAUGGGCAGGCAGUUCCCAAGUGCUGCCACAAUAAAAGAUUGAUUUCUUGUAAGUGCUGAAUGAAUGUUACGUGACACUUGUGAAAGGGCCAGUUUCGCAGAUCCCAGCCAUCAAAUGGGCACAUACUGGGUGACAGUCUUGAAAUACAUUAUUCUAUAGGCUGCCACACCUCACACAUUCCCCUCAUUGCUUUUAGUCUUUCCAUAUAGAGAGCAUCUGUAUGCUGAUCAUUUUUCUACUCCGGAUUUCUGCACCUUUAACAGCUCAGCAUCCUCUUUUAUGCAGCAUGCUUUGAACAGUGAGAUUUUAGAUUUCAAAUUAGUUGAGAAUGAUUACCAAGAAAUCUUUGAUUCUUUGCCCUUUCAGGAGAAGCAGAGGUGAGUGGAUCAGGCCCUUUUGUACAGUGCGGUGCAUGGACCCAGCCAUGCCAAGGGAUGAGUGGAGGAAGUCAGGAGAUUCAGAGUAAUCUCAAUAUUUGGAUUUUUUUGUUACAUGUUUAUACUUUUUCAAAAUCAAAUUUAAAAAUUAUUUUAAAAAGCAAGGGACCCCUAAGGGCCAUCUAGUCCAACCCCCUGCAAUGCACGAAUCUCCGCUAACGCACGUGAGUGGCAAAGUCAGGAGUGUUGCCAGAUUCCAACUAUUCAUUUAAUCUGUGCAUAAGCCAUGCUUCAAACCUUAUGCCAGCUUUAUGUCCUCAGUCCCAUUUCCCCACACCUUCUGUUUGCCGCAUUUUGUUGUACCAGUUUGUCAAAGAGGCAGCCUCCCAAAUUCUUCAAGUAUCUCGCCAUUAUGCGCCUGGCUGCCGUCAAAAGACAACUUGUUUGAACUGUGAAAAGAUGGAGCGGUGCUAGCUCUGGACAUUUCGAGGUGUUUCGUCCAAUAAUUGUUUUCAUUUCAAUGAAUCCCGGAACUGAACCCUGGUUUCUGCUCUCUUGCUUUCCUUCCCCUAGGUUUCUGGAGACGAUGGGCGUUUCCUCUCGGGAUACCCAGCUGGAGUUGUGCACGAAGCACAUUUGCAUCUUGGGCUGCAAGAGCUCCUGA